GUCUGGUGAAGCCACGCCGCUCGUGUGACACAAAUUGAGUUAAUUAACUGCACAAUGUUGUGGAAACAUUCUCCUGAGAAAAAAAUAGAUGAAUCGAAGUGCUGUAGACAGUAGAUAAGUCCCACGGGAGCAGCCGCUGCCGUCUGAUUUGACAGAUAAAUUGGAUAAAUGUCAAAACCGGGUUUUCUGUGAGAAAGUGUUCUGGGACCCGUUACCUUUCAUGUGAGUCAUCAAAGCAGACGGGGAACGAAGGCAGGGGUGCGAGCUCCAACACACGCUCGAGGACGCGCAGCCUACAUACAUACGUUACGUAGAGAGAGAGAGAGAGAGAGAGAGAGAGAGGAGCGCCAGAAGGAAAUUUGUGCGCCCUCAGUCCACGGGAGUGAGCGCGCGCGCUCAGUGUGUCGGAAUGACUCUCUCCACUGCCCCGCCCCUUCGUAGAGGAAGCACACCUCUACCAAUCAAGCACCAGCUCCGGAGAGAGGAAGCGGUCACAGAUGACUCUGAUUGGGUGCCGGGUCUGGAGGGGCCGCCCUCCCCUCGGAUCAGCUUCAGCUGUCCGCAGGAAGAGCCGGUCGCACCGAGGCGGGACGGCAGGCAGGGGGCGCCGUUGCGGAUCGUGCUGAUGGGUCAGAACGGAGUGGGGAAGUCCUGCCUCGCCAUGGCAUUGGCUGGGGACAUGGACCAAUCGCAAUCAGUGGACUCUGAGCUCAGCGCUGAGGGAUACCUUCGCACGGUAACAGUUGAUGACGAAGAGAGCUCCAUCAUCAUCUUCGACAACUGGAGACAGGACCUGUCGGCCCUGCAGUGCGAGGUGUGCGUCCUGGUGUUCUCUCUGACGGACAGGCGGAGCUUCCACCGCACCGCUCAGCUCCGCCUCCUCCUCCGGGAGACCCAGCCUCAAACUCCCAUAAUCCUCGUGGGCAACAAGAGCGACCUGGUCCGGACAAGGGAGGUCAGCGCAGAAGAGGCCCACUCCAGCGCGGGGCUGUUUGACUGCCAGUACCUGGAGCUCUCCGCCUCGCUGGACCACCGCACCUCGGAGCUGCUGGAGGGGGCGGUGAGGGCCGCUCGGGGCCAGGCCUGGGGGCCCGGGGGGGCCGAGGGGGCCGGGGGGCCCCGCAGGGAGAGCCUCACCACCAGGGCCAAGCGCUUCCUCUCCAGCCUGGUCCCCCGCUACCCCAAAGAGAGGGAGAGGGAGAGGGGGGGGAGGGCAGGCAGGGUCUUCCGGCAAAAGUCACGCUCCUGUCACGACCUCACGGCCUUCUAAUGGAGAGAGAGAGAGGGAGGAGGGAGGGGGGAGGGGAAGGAUAAGAGGGGGAGAGAGAGGGUGAGAUGGAGAGAAGGGAACAGAAGACAAACAAAAUGUGUUGAAAUUCGCACAAAAAAUUCGCAACCCAAAAAAGUGUGUCGGAUGUGAAACGCAUCCUUUUUUGAGGAGGAGUGUGAGAACCGAAGGACCUGGGAGGGGGGGGGGGCGAGAAAGAAGAAAAAGAUAUAGAAAAGAGGACAGGAAUCGGCCGACCCAAAUGAACACCUUAGCCUAGAAAUAAAGUUUUACCCGGAUGGAUGAACAGAGCCGCAGGUAUGGGCACCAGAGUCCCCAGUUAAACUCAGAGAACUGCACGGUCAGCACAAGCAGGGCCCCUGCGCACGCAGCGCAGCCCGCCAUAUAUCACUGCUCCUCCAUCCCGAGCCCAGAGAGCCGCGAGCUACGCUACGCUACGCUGUGCUGUGUGGGGGUUUUUUUUUCUUUUUCUUUCUUUCUUCUGUUGUUGCUACUCAGCACUUACAGCAUCGAUUAAAGCAACUGAUUACACGCAGUUAAUUCACCUGCCCUGGGUCGCCUGGGGCUGAACCAUUUGCCGGCCUUUUUGUCUGUUUGUUUUUGCUUUGUUUUGUUUUGUUUGUUUGUUUGUUUCUCCCGGUUUGGAGGCCAGUUGUAGACUAGUGCUAAUUCGGUUUCCCCCCCCCGGGUGCGUAGCCGAGAAUCGGCCGCUAUGCGCAGGUCCCAGCGGUCAGUGGUGAGGGCGACAUAGCUCCGGAGGUAAGACCGAUUGUCUGGCAGUCGGAGGGUUGCCAGUUCAAACCCCGCCCUGGGCGUGUCGAAGUGUCCUUGAGCAAGACACCUAACUCCUAACUGCUCUGGCGAAUGAGAGGCAGCAACUGUAAAGUGCUUUGGAUAAGAGCGCUAUAUAAAUGCAGUUCAUCUACCUAGUGCUAAUUCG